AUGUUCCCAGCCAGUCAUUUCGUGUCGCGCCGGCGGACGCAGGCCCAGUCCCGUCUCCCUGGUCGCGCAAACCUGGUUGUUUCAAGUCGCCCAACGCCUAAAUUACAUUUAGCAUUGAUUAUCGCCCUCUUCUUUUGCUGGGUGUCCCUGACGGCCGCUAUUUCUCACGACCGUCUCCCCCAACUCAGCGACACGCUGCUGGUCGACACGAGAGUUCCCGUUCUCAACAAGGACGGCGCCUGGGUCAUGAUGUCCCAGGAAGAGCAUCGCCAGCUCGAUCGCCGGCACGCUGCCAACGCCGUACGUGCGCACUCUUCUCCAUCCACCGAUGUCACCACGACGAUUGCCAUUGACGUUUCGACGGCGACCGCGAAACCCACCCAAACGACGACCGCCGUGAGCAGUCCCCUUCCAAGCCCUUUCGACACCGCUCUGGCGGCCAACUUUUCGGGCACGUCGGGAAACUGUCCAUCUUUUAUCAACACCAUCUUGACAAAUUCCACCUUCAAGCAAUGCUACCCCUUUUCUAUGCUGCUGCAGGGCUCGCUAUCCUUUUUCCAGGCAGAGAAGUCCAUGGUCAGCAUAACACAGGUACUCGACGCCACCUGCGAAGCCGACUCUCUUAUGUGCGCCGACUACCUUGACGGCGUCGCAACCGAUCUCAUCAGCGAAGCGAACUGCGCCACGGAUUUUGCCCAGGAAAACCAGGUGGUGAUGCAGGCUUACCUCGGACUCAGUACAUAUGCAAUGCUUUAUAGCGCGUCAUGCCUUACGGAUCCGGAAACCGACGCCUACUGUUUUGCAAACGCCGUUACCAAUUUGACGGACACUUCGAAUGUCUACCUCUAUUUUCUGCCCCUGAAUGUGUCGUUACCGCUCGAGGCCACGCCGUCCUGUGGUUGGUGCACGCAACAGACCAUGGGCAUAUUCCAGUCAGCCUCAGCAGUUCGAACGCAGCCAAUAGCACUUACCUACGGAGGCGCUGCUGAUACUGUCAAUGACCUGUGUGGUGAAGGGUUCGUCAAUGCCACUUUGCCGGCCGCACAGGCCGAGAAUGCCGCGUUGGCGAUGCGACAACCACCAUCGUUGCUGUUGCUGAUACCGCUCUUCGCCAUGGCGCUUUCGCAUUGGCUUUUCUAG